CUUUUGGAUUAUUUCGAUUUGGGUUAAACUCACCUAUUUUGAAGGCAGCUAGGGGAUACCAGCGGCAGGAACGUCAGCUAGCAGCCACCGCCAUCUCUCGUGAGUCAUGGGGAACGCUGCCACGGCCAAGAAGGGCAACGAGCUAGAGAGCGUAAAAGAGUUUCUAGCAAAAGCCAAAGAAGAUUUCUUACGGAAAUGGGAAUGCCCACCACAGAGUACAACGUGCCUAGAUGACUUUGACAGAUUAAAGACCCUGGGUACGGGCUCAUUUGGCAGAGUCAUGCUGGUGAAACACAAAGGAACAGAGCAAUACUUUGCCAUGAAAAUACUGGACAAGCAGAAGGUGGUGAAACUCAAGCAAAUAGAACACACGUUAAAUGAGAAGAGGAUAUUACAGGCCGUGAGCUUCCCCUUUCUCGUCAAGCUUGAGUAUUCGUUUAAGGACAACUCCAAUUUGUACAUGGUGAUGGAGUACGUUCCAGGUGGAGAGAUGUUCUCACACCUAAGACGAAUUGGAAGGUUCAGUGAACCACACGCACGGUUUUAUGCUGCCCAAAUAGUGCUGACAUUUGAGUACCUCCAUUCACUAGAUCUCAUAUACAGAGAUCUGAAACCUGAGAACCUUCUCAUCGACCAUCACGGCUACAUUCAGGUGACAGACUUCGGAUUUGCCAAGCGUGUAAAAGGCAGGACCUGGACGUUGUGUGGGACACCAGAGUACUUGGCACCAGAAAUCAUUCUCAGCAAAGGCUAUAACAAAGCUGUGGACUGGUGGGCCCUCGGAGUCCUCAUCUAUGAAAUGGCAGCUGGCUACCCUCCAUUCUUUGCAGAUCAACCGAUUCAGAUCUAUGAGAAGAUCGUGUCUGGGAAGGUACGAUUCCCCUCCCACUUCAGCUCUGACUUGAAGGACCUUUUGAGAAACCUGCUACAGGUGGAUCUGACCAAACGUUACGGCAACCUGAAAAACGGAGUCAACGACAUCAAGGGCCAUAAAUGGUUUGCCACGACAGACUGGAUCGCAAUCUACGAGAGAAAGGUUGAAGCACCGUUCAUACCGAAGUGCAGAGGCCCAGGGGACACCAGCAACUUCGACGACUACGAAGAGGAGGAAGUCCGCGUUUCUGUAACAGAAAAAUGCACGAAGGAGUUUGCGGAGUUUUAGGAUGCGAGAACAUGGAUAUAUCAGGGAAAUAAAGGGGAUCUUUGCACUCUUCUAAAGACUUUGGAUGGAGCAGAGACCAUCGUUUUUCAGAUCUACUACAAAGUCCCUUCAUUCCACAAGGCUGAAUGAGGUCUCCACGAUCCUUGGGUGCCGAUAACCUCUCACUGUCACGUCACCUACACACCUGCGUAUUAAAGCAGACACAUCACUUAUUUCUUUUUCUUUUUUUUGUACCUACCUUUUUUUUUUUUUUUUUUUUUUUUACUUUAAAGCAGUUAGUCUUGGAUGUUGUUACCCCUUUUAAAAAAUGUGAUAUUUUUUUAAAUUUGAGAGAAAACUCAGACAAUGGCCAAUAACAGUCCACAUAUUGUACCUGACAUGUCCAUGGCAGUUCUCCGCACACACACACAUGCCCAUGUGUGUGUUGUAUACUGUUCCCUCUGGUCGCCAGUUUGUAUGUACCUGUCUGUUACGGAUCCUCGUCACUUUGGCUUGUGUUCAAUUCUGGCCAGCUUUCAGAGGUAGCAUUGGCCCUAUGUGCAUACGUCUGGUUCGUCUGAUGUUGAAAGAAUGACCAAAUAGGGAAAACACAAGAAGGGAGAUUUUUCCUUAUCUGCUUUUAACCCAGAAAUGAAAUUGUCAGAGCCUCAACAGAAGCACCCAGUUACUGUCUACUUAGCGUUCUGGCCAAGGCUCAGAAAGUGAGAUAGCGUGUACACUCGGGAAGAAGAGUUGUUUGUUUGGUCCUUUUGGGGUCUGUUAGUGACAUGUACAAUGUUUUCAUUUUGACUAUUCUUUUUGUUGCUAUGUCUAAAAUUACAGUCAUGUUGUCCCUGACUGGGUCUGCUUAUUAAGGACCCUUAAUUCUUUGUCUGUUGAACAAUGUGACUUUCGUACCUGGUAAAGAGAGUGAGCUAAAUUCCCCUUUAGGGGUUUUAUUGAGUUAAUGAAAAGCCAAGAUGGUCAUUAUGGAUUCUGUUUUGGCUUGUGCCUCAACAUUGUUACUGCAACCUAAAAAAAAAAGUAAUGUAUUGAAUCAAGGAUGUUUUGAAAUGUUGCAAAACAGGAAUUCAAGACUUAAUAUUUACCAUAAUCUCCCUGUUAUCAGUCCCCAUUGGAUAUCUAAGUUUUAUUCUUAUUAAAGAAUGCAGAUUUGAUUUGCGACUUAUAGGUAUGCAUAUUUGAAAACUUGAUUUCAAGGUACAGUUUCCUCACAAUACACUGGCUCAAAUGAAGACUGCUCGUUUGUAUCACAUUUAACCUUGUUAUUGUUAAACUCAUUACAUCAUACGCAUAUACCUUGUUUCAUAUAUGUUUUUAUUUAUACACAUUAGAGAUGCUAAUAAAUUUUAUUUUUAAAAGUGUU